UCGAGUUGCCCUCGUGUUUUCUCUGUUUCACUGCUGUACUGCGGUGACUAACUGUUCUACUCCACAGCAGGAACAGCAGGCGCAGCUGUCAGUACGUGCUUUCUUAUCAUCUGUGCGUGAUCUACGUACGGCAAUAAUGCCCGCUUGCCGACAACCCAAACACAAUCGGGCUAAGGCUAAUCACUGCUAACCGUUGAUAAUCAACAGCCAACAAUCCCCACGAGCCAUUCAUACAUAAAUAAAUCGCUUAGUAUUUACUCGUGGUGAUAAAUCGAAUCAAGUAAUCAAAAGUUCACGUCGACACAACAAGCCAACCCGCAUUAACCUCGGAAACCAAUCCAGCAGCAGCCAUCAAGACUAUAACUACAAGAAGAAGACUUUAUUUUGCAAAAUGGCACUGAAGAAAGUCAAGGGCAAUAUUGAACGGAUGUUCGAUAAGAACCUCACGGAUUUAGUGCGUGGGAUCAGGAACAACAAGGAGAAUGAGGUGAGAUUUGUGAAGUACAUCUCACAAUGCAUGGAGGACAUCAAGCAAGAGUUGAGGCAGGAUAAUCUUGCUGUGAAGAGCAAUGCCAUCGCAAAACUCACUUAUCUACAAAUGCUUGGAUAUGACAUUUCAUGGGCUGGUUUCAAUAUAAUCGAAGUAAUGAGUUCCAAUAAGUUUACGCUGAAACGAAUCGGAUAUCUAGCGGCUUCUCAGAGCUUCCACUGCGAUUCGGAGCUGUUGAUGCUCACGACCAAUAUGAUUCGCAAAGAACUCAACAGCCAGAAUCAAUUUGAUGCUGGCCUUGCGCUCACUUCGUUGAGUUGCUUUAUCAGUACUGAUUUAGCUAGGGACCUAUCACAAGAUAUUUUAACUUUGUUAAGUUCAACGAAGCCUUACAUCAGAAAGAAAGCUGUUCUGAUGAUGUACAAAGUGUUCCUCAAAUAUCCGGAGGCUUUACGUCCGGCGUUCCCGAAAUUAAAGGAAAAACUUGAAGAUCCUGAUCCUGGCGUACAGUCAGCUGCUGUGAAUGUUGUCUGUGAGCUGGCUCGAAAGAAUCCGAAGAAUUAUUUGAGUCUUGCGCCGGUUUUCUUCAAAUUAAUGACGACCAAGACGAAUAAUUGGAUGUUAAUCAAGAUAAUCAAACUGUUUGGCGCUUUGACACCGCUAGAACCUAGAUUGGGCAAAAAGUUGAUAGAACCACUCACGAAUCUGAUUCACAGCACGUCUGCCAUGAGUCUGCUCUACGAGUGCAUCAAUACGGUGAUUGCAGUCCUUAUUAGCAUCUCAUCUGGUAUGCCUAAUCAUGCUGCGAGUAUUCAACUCUGCGUUCAAAAGUUACGCAUUUUGAUAGAAGAUUCAGAUCAAAAUCUUAAAUAUUUGGGAUUACUUGCAAUGUCAAAGAUUCUCAAAACUCAUCCGAAGAGUGUGCAGGCACACAAAGAUCUAAUUCUACAAUGUCUAGAAGACAAGGAUGAGUCAAUUCGUCUUCGUGCUCUUGAUUUACUUUACGGCAUGGUUUCUAAGAAAAAUUUAAUGGAAAUAGUUAAGAAACUAAUGUUACACAUGGAAAAAGCAGAAGGCACUCUCUACCGCGAUGAAUUACUAAGUAAAAUUAUUCAAAUCUGUGCGCAAAACAACUAUCACUUCAUUACCAACUUCGAAUGGUACGUAACAGUUUUAGUUGAGCUAGCGCAGAUGGAAUUCGGUUCAAAACAAGGCCACAUUAUUGCUGAUCAACUUAUCGACGUUUGUGUACGUGUAACUGCAAUACGUCCAUUCGCAGUCAAUGAAAUGUCGCAAGUCUUAGACGUGUACGCAUCUUCUACACAAUUUACAAUCAUGCAGGAUGUACUCUAUGCAUCUGCAUGGCUUUGUGGUGAAUUUGUCACCGAAUUACAGAAACCAGAAUCAACACUUAUAAGUAUGUUGAAGUAUAAGAACUUACCACAGAAGAUUGAGAUUGUUUUCCUGCAAAACAUCUUGAAAUUAUACGCGAGAUGUUUAAUGCUGUAUGAAAUAGCUGAAGAUUAUGAUAAAAUAGAUGGAAUGUAUGAAGUAACACAGAAAAAGUUACGGAAUAGUUUAAAAUCACCCGAGAUUGAAGUACAGGAACGUGCUAGUACUACUCUAAUGAUGCUGGAGAUUGUCCAAGAGGAAAUCAUGAAGCGUAAAGAACAAAAAGGUAAUUUAAUCGAUGAGCACGAAGAUGAAUCGGACGAGACUAAACCCACGACGAAAAUUGAUGAGGAACACACCGUGGCAGCGUCGUUGAUGGUGUUAUUCGCUGGUGAAUUGAAUCCAGUGGCGCCUAAAGCACAGAAGAAGGUCCCAGUACCCGAAGGAUUAGAUCUAGAUGAUUUAAUUGAGGAACCCUCGCUUGAUGAAUCUUCAAGUUCAGAUUCUGAGUAUGAACAGAUGGGUAACUUGUUUUAUAAGUCAGAACAGAAGCCGGAUCGUGAGCGGUAUCAGCCGGAGUUGACUGAGGAGGAACGCGUGAAGAUUCGAGAGGCUAGGAAACACGAACAAGCGAAUAAUCCGCACUAUUUGAAAGGUGCUGCCAAGCGAGAUAAUGAUAAUGGUAGUGAUAACUAUCAAGUUGAGGAUAUCCCAAUCGCCGAACUUGCACUUCCUGUGCAACUGAAGGUCUUGAGUAAGAGAUCUGAUAAAUAUUUGAAUUUGGAGUCAGGAAAAUCCAAGAAAAAGAAGAGUAAAUCAAAAGGUAAAGAGAAACGCAAGGAAAAGAAGGUGGAGAGUUCAACGGAUGGUGAAGACGACGCGCCGAAUGUGAUUGUAAGUCAGAAUAUUGAAAUACCCGAAGGUGCGACUCUGUCCGACAGUGAGAGCAGCCAUGAUAAUAUGGAUGAUCCACAUCGUGCGCUAAAUAUCGACCUUGAUUUACCGUCCUUUGAGGAGUCACUUGUGGGUCAUCCUAAACUAACUGAUAAAGAUGAGAAGAAGAAGACUAAAAAGCAUGACAAACAUGACAAGAAACGUAUCAAAGAUAAAAAGUCAGCGAAAAAAUCGCCACCGCAGGCUGAGGAUCUAAUAAUUAAUGAUUUGCUGCUUGUUGAUGAAGUCGAACAGAAUCAACAAGAUGAUAGCAGUCAUGUGAAAGUUCAAGAUGAGAUUUUAGUAGGUGAUAAUGAGGUUCAAGAGAAGAAAAAGAAGAAGCAUUCCAAAAAAGAUAAAGAUGAGAAGGAGAAGAGGAAACAUCGGCAUGCUGGUGAUGGAACUGCAGAUGCCGGUAAAGAUAAGUCUAAGAAAAAGACGAAAAAGUCCAAGAGGAAAGAAGGCGAUAAAGAAAACACGAAGUCGCAUUCAAAAAAUGUGGGUAAGUUGAAGAUGGAGUUUGAUACCCUGGUGAAGACCGACGAUGACUACGAGGAGGCGCACGGAAUAUCAACGCCCAGUAAAGAAUUUCGUUGAUUUUUUCGUUUUAUUAAAUUCAUAGCUUUUUUUAAACAUCGUCGGAAGUAUAUUAUACAUAAUUACGUUGAAGUGUUGAAGAGCGAAGGAUAUUUUAUAGCAAAGAGAAUUAUAUACAAAUGUAAACCAUAAUUAUAUAGUAAUCUAUCUAUCAA